UGAGCCAUGGCAUUUGGCUCCGGGCCUCCAGACCACUCUGCACUCCGUCCAGGGAAGGUGGUAACUGAGUUCCGCUCUGUCCCACCCUGUGACCCGGGAUUCUGAGGAGCUUGUUGGCAGGGCAGCCUACAUUGUGAGGUAACUGGUUUCUUCCUCAGCAGAAGCAGAAGAAUGCUGAGCCUGGCCCGCAUCUAGGCACCAGGACUACAGUCCAAUGGUGCUGUCUUCCUCCCGGUUACGCCGCUCACUUUGCCCUACGGUGGCGAGGGUGAACCCGGGAGUGACCAGAGACCCAAGUGCGCCCUGGUAGACAACCCAGCAGUUGCGCAGGGGACUGAGGACCACCCUGAGAUGGGACUUUCAUAAGUCCCCCAGGAACCAGGUGGGGCACCAUCAGCAUCAGCUUCUCCUGCUGCUUCUGCAUUCCUGAUUGACAGACACACUUGGGCUCCAGCCAGAGUCGGGUGCCCUCGGGCCUCAGGUCUGCAGCAUGGUUUCACUGGAGAAAAACACAUCGGAGGUCCAUUUGAGGUCUUAACCCUGAGCCUCCGCUAUCCACCCGCCACACUGAAGAUGCCAUUGCUCAAAAAGGACGACUGCCACAAAGAGCUGAGCUCCUUGGAUGGCACGCCUAAGUCGCCCUCAAAGACCAGCAGCAGCGCUACCACAGAGAGUGUCCGCCCUGCCCCCGAGGCUGAGCUAACGAGGAUGCAAACCUUGAUCCACUUGUUGAAAUGCAACAUCGGCACUGGGCUUCUGGGGCUUCCCUUGGCCAUCAAAAACGCUGGCUUAUUGGUUGGUCCUAUCAGCCUGCUGGCCAUCGGGGUCCUCACUGUGCACUGCAUGGUCAUCCUGUUGAACUGCGCUGAGCAUCUCAGCCAGAGACUGCAUAAGACUUUUGUGACCUAUGAAGAAGCCACAAUGUACAGCCUUGAAACCUGCCCUCACACCUGGCUGAGGACCCAUGCUGUAUGGGGAAGGUACACUGUCAGCUUCUUAUUAAUCAUCACCCAACUGGGCUUCUGCAGUGUUUAUUUUAUGUUCAUGGCAGAUAAUUUACAACAGAUGGUGGAAGAAGCCCACGUGACCUCCAACACCUGCCAGCUCGGGAAGACCCUGGUGCUGACCCCCAUCCUGGACAUUCGUUUCUACAUGCUGACAAUCCUGCCCUUCCUUGUCCUGCUAGUGUUUAUCCAGAAUCUCAAGGUGCUGUCCUUCUUCUCAACGCUGGCCAAUAUCACCACCCUAGGGAGCACAGCUCUGAUCUUCGAGUAUAUCAUACAGGGAAUUCCAUAUCCCAGUGACCUACCCCUGAUGGCAAACUGGAAGACCUUCUUGCUGUUCUUUGGUACAGCCAUCUUCACAUUUGAAGGCGUCGGUAUGGUUCUUCCUCUCAAAAACCAGAUGAAACACCCUCAGCAGUUUCCCUUUGUUCUGUACUUGGGGAUGUCGGUUGUCAUCAGCCUCUAUAUCUGCCUGGGGACAUUGGGCUACAUGAAGUUUGGACCGGACACCCAGGCCAGCAUCACGCUCAACUUGCCCAAUUGCUGGUUGUACCAGUCAGUGAAGCUGCUAUACUCCAUCGGCAUCUUCUUCACCUAUGCCCUCCAGUUCCACGUUCCAGCCGAGAUCAUCAUCCCGUUCGCCGUCUCCCAGGUGUCAGAGAGCUGGGCACUGUCUGUCGACCUGUCUAUCCGCACAGCCUUGGUCUGUCUGACCUGUGUCUCAGCCAUCCUUAUCCCCCGCCUGGACCUGGUCAUCUCCCUGGUGGGUUCCGUGAGCAGCAGCGCCCUGGCCCUCAUCAUCCCGCCUCUCCUGGAGGUCACCACCUUCUACUCUGAGGACAUAAGCUGCAUCACCAUUGCCAAGGACAUCAUGAUCAGCAUCCUGGGCCUUUUGGGGUGUAUAUUUGGGACCUACCAAGCCCUCUAUGAGUCCACCCAACCCGUCAACCAUGCCAUAGCUAACUCCACAGGUGUCUAUGCAUAAUGAUCUAUUUUUUAUUCUGACAUCCUCUCCCUUCCUUCCAUCCCGCGUUUGACUUCCACAUAGAUGCUAUAUGCGUUCAUCAAACCCUAGCAUACCUCUAUUAAUUAGUGGCCUCUUUGCAAAAGAAAUGUAGAUGACACAAGUUAGUACUGAUGCUUCUUAGGCUAUCUUUUUUGGUUUUAUAGUUCUUUGGCAGACUUUUGUGCCUCUGAACCAAAAGCACAUUCAACCAUUUGUAUUGUCAGCUUCAUUGACUGGAGAAGGGGUGCCAUGUGCCCCGAUAUCCCAGAAACAGAGACCAAGCAUAAAUGCAAAACAACUUGUUUUCUCUAUACUACACUAGCUGUCCUGAAAGCACUAGAUUUUAAAAGGUGUAUACUGGGUGAAGGAGUUUUCUAUUUAAAUAUUCUAAGUAGAAGCAUCACAGACAGAACAAAAACAGAGCUUAGCAGUAAUUUUGUCCAGCCACUGGCUCUGUCACUGGUUGGCUACAGGACCUUGGCAAGUUCCUCCCCUUCUCAGUCAAUGAAGUGAGGGGUUGGGCUGAUCAGUUAUUCAGGGCUCUGUCAGCUCUGACAUUCAGAAAUUCAAAAGAAGAAAUUAAUUU